ACGCGUCCUGCCCAGCAAACGCCGGUUCAACCGCUCAUACAACGUCUUUGCAGACGCCAGGCGAUUUCUAAGUAAUAUCGGCUUAUGAACCAUUUAGGAUUGUAUUGACGGCACCGCGACCAUACCUCAACUGCUCGAGCGCAUUCAUGGGAUAGAUUGGUCGACCCGGCUGUGGGCUGCCCUGAUCACCAUCGCCAUGUCUAGGAUUGAGAAGCUUUCCAUCCUCGGUGUGCGCUCCUUCGGGCCGCAGCACCAGGAGACUAUCGCAUUCAACAGCCCACUAACCCUGAUCGUGGGCUAUAACGGCUCGGGGAAAACAACCAUCAUCGAGUGUCUCAACAAGGGAGGCGCCUUUAUCCACGACCCAACAUUAGCCGGCGAGAAAGACGUGCGCGCCCAAGUCAAGGUUUCGUUUCGAUCUACCAUCGGAGAGUCCUAUGUCAUCACUCGAAACGUGCAGCUCCUCGUCAAGAAGAACACGAGAUCACAGAAGACGCUGGAGGGCAGCCUGCUGCUGCGAAAUAACGGGGAACGCCAUGUUAUCUCCACUCGGGUUAUGGAACUCGAUAAGCUGGUCCCCGAGAAGUUGGGUGUGUCGCCAGCUGUCCUGGAUUCCGUCAUCUUCUGUCACCAAGAAGACUCGCUGUGGCCCAUGAGCGAGCCGUCCGCCCUCAAAAAGCGGUUUGACGAGAUCUUCGAGGCCAUGAAGUUCACAAAGGUUAUCGAUAAUAUCAAGAGCCUCCGCAAGAAUUAUGGGGAGCAGCUGCGGGAGUUGAAGCUACGGGAGGCUCAGGACAAGGCCAACAAGGAGAGAGCGGACAAGGUCGACAAGCUCAUGAGCGGAAUAGCCAGAGAAAUCCAGGAGGGCCACGAUAAGCUGGAGGAGAUCGAGCGGGAAAUGGACGAGGAGAAAGCCAGAAUCAAAGAGAAGCACGACCAGGCCAACAGCUUCCUGAAGAUCGUGAACGAUCUUCGUGCCAAGACCGAGAAGCUCGAGUACAAAAGGGAAGCGAUUGAGGAACUGGGCAGUCGCAUCCAAGAGCUACCUGAAUCGGACGAGUUCCUGAGAGGCGUCCUGGACCAAUACGAGCACGUCAUAGAGAGGACCGUCGCCGACAGGGAUAGAAAGGCCGCGCAAUUCCAUGAGCUCCAGGUCGAGCUCAAGUCAUCCAGAGAGAAGCACACCGCCAAAGCUGCCGAGCAGGGCAAGCACCAGUCCGACAAGGACAAGUACGAGCGCCAGCUCAUCACCCGGGACCGCAUGAUUCGCGAGGCAGCCACGCGCCACGAGAUCCGAGGUUACGAUGGGGACUUGGAUGAUCGGAAGAUCGCCGCUUUCAACGAGCGCAUCCAGAAGAUCCUGAACGACAAGAAGCGCGAACUGGAGCGCCUCCAGCGUGACAAUGCCGACGAGCUCGACAAGAAGGCUGCUGUCGUCGCAGACCGCGAAAGCCGCAAGGCAUCGCUGAUUCGGGACCGCGCAUCAGCGAAGCAACGCAUCAUGACAAUCGGAAAGGAGUCCGCUACUCUCCAGGGCGAGCUCAGCAGCAUAGACAUCGAUGACGGCGCAGAGGCUGUGCUGCGCACCGAGAUGAAAGAGCUUGAGGCCAGGAUAGAGUCAGCAAAAGCGGAGGAGCAAGGGGCAGACUUGGACGCCCAAAUCAAGAAAGCGAAUGACGACAUUUGGGCUCUGGAAGCGCAGUCUGCCAAACUCGCCCGAGAGCUCGUCGAGUGCACCAGGCUAGCGUCCGAGCAAGCCCAGCUUAACCUACGGAAGAAGCAAUUGACUGAACGGCGGCGUGACCUGGAGAUUCUCAGGAACACAUGGAACGAACAGCUCUCUGCGUUACUUGGGGACGACUGGCAGCCAGAGACAGUCGAAGCCGAGUUCCAGAACGCCCUCAAGAGCCAGAACGCUGUCGUUGCUGAGCGCAGGAAGCAGAAGGAUGCCACGCAGCAGGAGCUGAAGCAAGUCGAGUACAAGCUCUCCAACGCGCGGGAGCGGCAUAACAAGCUGGUUUCAGAGAAGGAGAGUUGCAAGCGCGCCGUGACCAAGGCGUUGAAGGAUGUGAGGGAUCCCGACUCACCGCCCAUUGAGGACUACACAAAGGAGAUGGAGACCAUCGAGGCAGAGCUGAGCCAAACCGAAACGGACCUCAAGCUAUGUUACUAUUGUGAACGCGAUUUCAAGGACCAGCCCGCCGCAAGGUCGAAACUCAUCGCCAAGAUCGCAAAGAAGCUCAACGAUGAGGACAAGCAGGAGCUGAUGGAGGACCAAGCCCACUUCACGGAGCAAAUUAAGAUUCUCAAGGCUGUACGCUCCCAGUACGAUUCAUUCCUGCGGCUCGAGGCAGAGCUCCCUUCACUGAGCAAGGAGAUCGACUCGGCUUCCAUCCAAAGGGAGGAGCUGAUUCGCCGCCUGGAGGACCAAGACCUGGCUUUCAGAGAGGCCGAGGACAAGCGGCAAGAGAUCGAGGUGUUGAACAAGAACGUCCUAAAGAUUUCUCAGACUCACAAGGAUAUUGUCGACGCCGAGAGGCAGGUCGAGAGGUCGCAGCAGUCGUCCAGCAUCACUAUGCGGAGCCCGGAUGAGAUCAACGAGGAGCAAACCACUUGCGCGGAGCAGACGAGGGUUGCCCAGACCAAGCUCAGCAAGCUAAAUACCGAGAGGCAGCGGUUGAAGGACUUAGUUGGGCAGCUCGAGGUGGAGAGGCUUGAGCUGAGGCACAAGAUCAGCAAUUCGGAAUCCAUUCGGCGAUACAAGGAGGAGCAAAGCCAGCUGCGAUCCACCAUCCAGGAGACCGAUAAGGAGGUGGAACGGCUGGAGCCCGAAAUCGCAAGCGCUCGUGCGGCCCUGGAUGAAGCUCGGCAGCAAGGGCGGACCAAGGAGCAGAAGGUCGCAGAGGAGCGGGAUGCCAUCAGCAUGACGGCCAGUGAGCUCAAGAUGAUCAACAGCGAGAUCCAGGAGUACCUCAAUCGCGGCGGACCUUCCAACCUGGCCUCGAACCAGCGUGCCAUUGCCAGCUUAGAAGCCGCAAUCGCCAACCUGGAGAGCGAGAUGAAAGACCUGACGGUUCAGAUCAACAAACUGAACAAGGAAAUCGACAACAGCGACGCAAAGAAGCGAAACAUUUCCGACAACCUGACAUACCGCAAAAAUCUCCGCGAACGCGAUGCCCUCGAGCAGGAGAUCGAAGAGCUCGAGUCGCGGAACGCGCAGGAAGACUACGACCGUCUCAUGAAAGAGGCACGCUACCUCGAAUCCCGACACAACAAGCUCGCGUCGGAUGAGACGCGCAUCGUAGCCACCAUAACGGCCAAGGACGAAGAGCUCAAACGCCUCGCCCAAGAAUACGACAUCGACCUCAAGGACGCCAGGGCCAAGUACAAGGAGUCCCACAUCCGGGUUGAGACGACCAAGGCGGCCCUCGACGAUCUAGCGCGCGCCACCGCAACGGUGGACCUCGCCAUCAUGCGGUACCACUCGCUCAAGAUGGAGGAGAUUAACCGCACCAUUGGCGAGCUGUGGCAGAGCACGUACCAGGGCACCGACAUCGACACGAUCCAGAUCCGGUCCGACGUGGAGGGAUCGGGCGCUGGCACGGGCACGGGGAAGCGCACCUACAACUACCGCGUGUCCAUGGUCAAGGGCGACACCGAGAUGGACAUGCGGGGCCGGUGCAGCGCCGGCCAGAAGGUGCUCGCCAGCAUCAUCAUCCGGCUCGCGCUGGCCGAGUCGUUUGGCGUCAACUGCGGGCUGAUCGCGCUCGACGAGCCGACGACGAACUUGGACAGCGACAAUAUCCGCAGCUUAGCCGAGAGCUUGCACGGCAUCAUCAAGGCGAGGAGGUCGCAGAGCAAUCUGCAGCUGAUUGUCAUUACGCACGACGAGGAGUUUCUGAAGCAUAUGCAGUGCAGCGAUUUCUGUGAUGACUUUUACCGGGUGAGGAGGGACGAGAAGCAGAAUAGUGUUAUUGUGAGGGAGAACAUUACGAGAAUAUCGGAGUAA